GCUCUGCUCGGUCUUGUUGCGGCCGCAGCCCACGCGAAGAGCGACUCUCCAGAAUUCGACAUCUCCUCCCUGGCGACGUUGGCACAGUCCCUCUCCAAGACAGGUGGCAUCGCAGAGACCGUGAAUACGAUCAAGGGCCUCGUCACCGGCAUGAUGGAGAGCCUCUCUCAAGAAGCCGCGGCCGCGCAGCUUGGCCUGGCAAACAAGACGCUCUAUGACGCAUGCAACACCAACAAGGCCUCAGCCAUGGCUGCGGUGGCCAAAUUGGAGGCCGCUGCUCCUGCUGACGGCCACUACGCAGAGUACCACAAGUGCAUGGAGGAGCUGACAAACCUGAAUACGACCGCACAGAGCUGCACCAACCAGGAGGACCUGCUCCGCGUCGCCAAGCAGGCACGCU